AUGAAUCACACCAACGCAACAAUUUCAUCCGUUCUCAUUCUUGGUGGUUUGAAAAAAUUGAAUGAUGAUGACGACGAGGAUGACGAUAUGCAAAAAGCGAUUGAAAAUUUAAUUACGCAAAAUAACAAUCACGAUCCCAGGUUAUUAUGGCACGGUCGGUUCCGGCCAGUUAGGUUCGUUUUCCGACCAUUUCCUUGCCGCCGGAAUCGAGAAGAGCUGUAA